CUGUGUAAUACUAUUAAACAAAUGAUGAAUUUAUAAUGAAGUGAAACACAUAUAAACUGACUUAUGAUUUAUAAAAGGAAAUAUUAAAACUCAUUCACUAUUCAAAUGAUAAUUAAAGUGCAAACUUCCUCUUACUGUUAAGUUUGGGUUAUUUUUACCUAUUUUGCAGAUAUAUUGCCAAACAGUUUAGUUAAUAGUUUGAAAGUUUAUACUAAAUACAAACCAUUUUGUAAAUUGCAAUCAAUUCACUGUUAUAUCAAUACAUAGACAGCACUUGUAUUAACCAAUUAUGACCACAAAUCAGGAUGUAUUCAUAGUAUCGGUGGCGCGGACCCCCAUUGGCUCAUUCCGGGGCACUCUAUCAGCCCUAACGGCCCCCCAGUUGGGCUCCAUUGCCAUUAAAGGGGCGCUUGAGAGGGCCGGCAUCAGUGGCAAGGAUGUGGAUGAGGUGUACUUCGGCAACGUAUUGCAGGCCGGUGUGGGUCAGGCGCCCGCCAGACAAGCCUCGAUCGGCGCCGGCAUACCGGUGACCGUCGGCUGCACCACAAUCAACAAAGUGUGCGCUUCCGGUAUGAAAGCCAUUAUGCUUUCCGCUCAGUCCAUACGCUUGGGCGACAACCAGGUGGUGGUGGCCGGGGGUAUGGAAUCCAUGUCCCAAACCCCAUACUAUCAGACCCGCGGAGAGACCCCAUACGGAGGCAUCACUUUAGCGGACGGCAUAGUCAUCGAUGGCUUGACCGACGUCUACAGUCACACUCAUAUGGGUCUCUGCACUGAGGGCCUGGCGCUCAAGUAUGGGCUGACCCGCGAAGCCCAGGACCAGUUCGCUACCCAGAGCUACCGGCGCUCAGCCAAAGCGGCCGGCGCUGGAGUUUUUGUCGAAGAGAUAGUUCCUGUGGUUAUACCGGGAAAGAGGGGUAAACCGGACGUAACGGUGACGGAAGACGAGGAGUUCAAGAAAGUUAACUUCGAGCGCAUGUCCUCAUUGGCACCGGUAUUCAAAAAGGAUGGCACCGGCACUAUCACCGCCGCAAACGCCAGUUCCUUGAAUGACGGCGCGGCUGCUACUGUACUGAUGUCUGCGGCGGCCGUCAAGAAGUUUGGGGCCAAACCGUUGGCCAAAGUGGUGGCCUUUGCGGACGCCGGUGUAGAACCGGCUGACUUUGGUAUCGCUCCGGCGUAUGCCGUCCCUAAGGUCUUAGCCAAGGCUGGUGUGGAGAAGUCACAGAUAGCGCACUGGGAGUUCAACGAGGCGUUCAGCGCCGUUGGCUUAGCCAACAUCAAACACCUGGACCUAAACCCCGACAAAGUCAACCCAAAUGGCGGUGCAGUUGCUUUGGGUCACCCCUUAGGGUGUUCGGGCGCUCGUAUUGUCAACCAUUUGGCACUUCACCUGAAGCCCAAUGAGUACGGAAUGGCUGCCAUUUGCAACGGAGGUGGCGGUGCAUCGGCUCUAAUGAUCCACAAGUUAUAAUUAGACAUAAAUGCCAUCAAAUAAUAUGAUGACUGAAAACUAAUGUCGUUUUUAUAAUUUAAAAAUUAAUUUUUGUUACUUUUAUGGGAAUCUCUAUAAUGAAACUCAAAAUUUUUAAUUAAUAUACAGACUAUUUUUGGCGAUUGUCAUAUUUAAAGCAUAUGGUUGUUGUGUUUGAGUUUUGAAAUCAGGUGUUAAUUGCAUACAAAUAUGUAUUUUACUUUUUAUAGGCAUUUUAUUAUACGGUACAUUUUACCGUAUAUAUUUGAAUUUAUAAAUGAUAUUUUAUAACAUGAAAUAAAAA